CGCUGCUUGACACCGGCUUUGUCGCGCAGCCCGCAAACGCUCCUGCUUCAGGUGAUGCUGUUUGAUCCCUUCCGGUCUCCGUACAUUUUUUACAUUAUGACAUCAUCUCUUCGGACAAGGGAGAGAGACACUUUGUUUUUCGUUUGAUUGGACUUUGUUUUUCCCUCAAGAUUCAUCUGGAUUUACUUUGUGGGUCUCAGACGUGGGUCAGAAAUGGAGCAUCGCUGAUGCGCAGCGUGUGACAUUUCUGGACCAGCAUGUGAGCCUGAACAAAUAUAAUCGAAUCAGAUCAGGGAGGACAUGGACGAACGAGAAGAUGUGACGGAGCGCGCGUGCACGGGCUGUGGCGGGACGAUUCAGGACGCGUUCCAUGUGAAGGUUCUUCAAGACGCCUGGCACAACUCAUGUUUUCAGUGUUCUGUGUGCUUUGAUCUCCUGACAAACUGGUACUUUGAGAAGGAGGGGAGGCUGUACUGUCAUAAACACUACUGCGAGAAGUUCGGAGAGUUGUGCCAUGGCUGCUCGCUGCUUAUGACGGGACCUGCUAUGGUGGCAGGAGACUAUAAAUACCACCCCGAAUGCUUUGUGUGUUUGAGCUGCAGGGUGGUGAUUGAGGAACGGGAUACCUAUGCCUUAGUGGAACGUGCAAAUCUCUACUGUGGUAAAUGCUACAAGCAGGAGGUCCUGACUCCGAUGUUGGAGAAGCGUGGUUUGGCCGACUCUCCAACCGACUUGCUCCCUCACACAGUGACUUUGGUGUCCAUGCCCGCUGCCACAAAUGGUAAACGGGGCUUCUCUGUCAGCGUUAUUAGAGACUGCACCAGUGCCACAGCCAGCGUACAGGUCAAAGAAGUCAGAGGUAUGCAUAUUAGUCCAGAGGUUCGGAAUGCCAUCCACGUUGGGGACCGGAUCCUGGAGAUCAAUGGGCUCCCAGUGACAGCUCUGAUGGAGGAGGAGGUUGAGGACCUCAUCCACCGGACCAGUCAAACGUUGCAGUUGUUGACUGAGUAUGAUCCAGUCAGACAGCGUCUGGACCGACUCCGCCUGGGCUCAUCACGUAACCAGCUGGGUGUCCCCGCAGCGUCGCGAAUGCGUCUGUCCUCCCCAUCAGAUGCUGAGAUUGAGCGGAGUGACUCUGUGGACAGUGGGACAUUGAAGAGAAGGUCCCUCAGACGUAGCAACAGCACCUGCAAGUCUCCAGUCUCUGCAUCUCUUAAAGACCCCCAGGGCUUGUCCCGGGAUAUUGGGCGCUCCGAAUCCCUCCGCUCUACUUCCAGCUGCUCACAUCGUAUCUUUCGUCCCUGUGACCUCAUUCACGGGGAAAUCCUCGGAAAGGGCUUCUUUGGGCAGGCCAUCAAGGUGACUCAUAAAGCUACGGGUGAGGUGAUGGUCAUGAAGGAGCUGAUCCGUUGUGAUGAAGAGACACAGAAAACAUUCCUAAAGGAGGUUAAAGUGAUGAGAAGUCUUGAUCACCCACAUGUUUUGAAGUUCAUCGGCGUUCUGUACAAAGACAAGCGACUCAAUCUGAUAACGGAGUUCAUUGAGGGAGGCACUCUGAAGGAUUUUAUCAGAGACACAGACCCAUUCCCAUGGGAACAGAGAGUUAGUUUUGCUAAGAGCAUUGCAACUGGAAUGGCAUAUCUGCAUUCAAUGAGCAUCAUACACCGAGAUCUAAACUCACACAACUGCCUGGUCAAACUGGACAACACCGUUGUGGUGGCCGAUUUUGGUCUGUCCCGUCUUAUCAUGGAGGAAAAGGUCAAGCAGCCGCCUCCUGACAAGCCAACCAAUAAGAAAAGAUUAUUCAGACGCAUAGACCGCAAAAAACGCUACACAGUGGUGGGGAACCCUUACUGGAUGGCCCCAGAGAUGCUCAAUGGUAAACGCUACGAUGAGAAGGUGGACAUAUUCUCCUUUGGCAUUGUGCUUUGUGAGAUUAUAGGUCAGGUAAAUGCAGAUCCUGAGUGUCUUCCAAGAACGCUGGAUUUUGGGCUCAACGUGCCAAAGUUCAUUGAGAAAUUCCUUCCUGAGGACUGUCCUCCUGCUUUCUUCCCAUUGGCUGUGGCAUGUUGUGACCUCUUCCCUGACAACCGGCCUGCUUUUCAGAAGUUGGAGGACUGUUUUGAGGCAUUAACUCUGAAUCAGGAGUUGGGCAUCCCUCUACCGGCUGAGCUAGAUGAACUUCAGCAGAAGUUUGUAAGGACUUAUGGAGCAAGUGGCAUUGCCUCUGAAAAGCAGGAUAACAACAGGACCUAAUCCAUUGGUCACAGCUACCAAAAUGGGCUCAAACUUUUUUUUUUUUUUUUUUGGAUGAGUUUACAGAAUUAAACCAGUGCAUAUAUUUUGGAUUUGCGGGGGAACACGGACGCUGGUAUGCUUUCUAGAGAUCGUCACAGCAUGCAAACCUUUUGAGGGCAUUCGCAGAGUUCUGUUACAGGAACAGGUACAUUUCAAAUACCUUGAGUUUCUUUCUGAGGUCGAGUGGCACUUUUUUUCUUCUGUCUUUCAUAACAGACUAAAUGGGAUGGUUUAGUGUUGGUCUAACUCAAAACCUAUUUGAGUGCCUUCCACUGGAUGACAAAUCUCCCUGAUGGAAGUUUCCUCACCAAUACGGUAAAUUCGUAAUGUAGCAACACAUUGCAUUGAUCAUUAAGUAUUUUGACGAUUUCAAGGAUUUCAAAAGUGUGUAUGGUUGAAUCUCAUGAGGCAUGUGGGGAACAUGUCCAGGUCAUAGUUCACAUCAAAAUCAAAAGAAAGAAAUUAGAUUCGGCUUGAAAUGAAGUCUAAAAAUGAAAAGAAAAAAGUUAAGAAAAUGAAGCCUGCUUUAGGAGGGUUAAGAUUUUUUGCAUUGUAACACUAUUUUCAUGACAAUUAACACCCUGCCCUCGCACGUAUUUAUAUAUCAUGGUAGUAUUUGUUGCGCUGCCUUUAUGCUGAUUUUGCUAUAAAAAAGUUGUAUUGCAAUACUGAGACUCUUAGGCCACAUUCGCACUAAUACGUUUUCAUUUGAAAACUGUUUUCAGUUUCCUAACGUCAACGGUUUCCAACGUAUGCUGUACCAGAGAGCAUUUUCGAAAGUCUUAAGUAUUCGGUGGAGGAAAAUGCUGUUCCAGUGUGAAUGAAAUUAGUAAACGUAGCAAAAUCAAUGCGUUUUUAACUGACAAUGUAUUCGUGUGGAUUCGCCAUUGAGAAUAAGGGGAAUUCAAAAGAAAUACAAAGCAAAAUGUCUGGCUGCAUUAAGGAAUGAGAAUUGUUCUUAAUUGUCAUAAAAAUUGUAACAUUGAAAGAAAAAAAGCUGUAAUGAUCCUAAAAUAAGCUUCAUUUCUUUUCAUUUUUUUGGGACCUGGACAUGUUUUUGUGAGAUUGACCCAUUUAUGUCAAAUUAACAUGGGCAGUUUAAAGUAUUUUGUGGUUAUUGAAACUACCUUGAACUCUAGGAAUGCAAAUCAAGCAUUGUUGAAUCACACUGCCCCCUGCGGGUAGUUGUGCAUAUGUACACUCGAUCCCUUUUCAGUCAAAUAAUAAUAUGAUUAUUUCUGUACCACUAGCACUUGAGGUCAUGACCUCUGUAACUUGAUAAUCCAAAAACAGAGUGAUACAACUGUUAUGAAAGGAAAUAACUAGUUUCUGAAUUCUGAUUUGGUUUUCCAUGUGUGGUUUCUUGGGAAUACUUUUCUAUAUUGUAGAAAAAACUUGGUAGAUCAGUAAUUCAUUAAUUCCACAGUCAUGGACGUCUUGUAUUCCAUGACACAACAAGAGUUCUUUUUUUUUUUUUUUUUUUUU